CCUCAGCGAGCCGCGGUGCCUGGGAGCAUCAUGGCUGCAGCCGCGUGGAUGCCUACGGUUUCUCGAUUGCUAGGUGCUUUCAAAAACCAAAAACAGGUGACCAGAAGUUUUGGUAGUGCUGUACAAACAGUAACUUUAAUCCCAGGAGAUGGCAUAGGACCGGAGAUUUCUGCUGCUGUCAUGAAGAUCUUUGAUGCUGCCAAAGCUCCUAUUCAGUGGGAAGAGAGGAAUGUUACAGCUAUCCAAGGACCAGGAGGGAAGUGGAUGAUACCUCCAGAUGCCAAAGAAUCCAUGGAUAAAAACAAAAUGGGAUUAAAAGGGCCUUUAAAGACCCCAAUUGCUGCAGGGCACCCAUCAAUGAAUCUGCUUCUGCGUAAAACCUUUGACCUUUAUGCAAAUGUACGUCCCUGUGUCUCAAUUGAAGGGUACAAAACCCCAUAUACAGAUGUGAACAUUGUCACAAUUCGAGAGAACACAGAAGGCGAAUACAGUGGAAUCGAGCAUGUGAUUGUUGAUGGUGUUGUGCAAAGUAUCAAGCUGAUCACAGAAGAAGCUAGCAAGCGUAUUGCAGAAUUUGCUUUUGAGUAUGCCAGAAAUAAUCAGAGAAGCCAUGUUACUGCUGUGCAUAAGGCAAAUAUUAUGAGAAUGUCCGAUGGGCUUUUCUUGAGAAAAUGCAGGGAGGCAGCAGAAAACUGUAAAGAUAUUAAAUUUAAUGAAAUGUAUUUGGAUACUGUGUGUCUGAAUAUGGUUCAAGAUCCUUCACAAUUUGAUGUGCUUGUUAUGCCCAACUUGUACGGUGACAUCCUCAGUGACUUGUGUGCAGGACUGAUUGGGGGUCUUGGAGUAACACCAAGUGGAAAUAUUGGUGCUAAUGGAGUUGCGAUUUUUGAAUCAGUUCAUGGAACGGCACCAGACAUUGCAGGAAAAGACUUGGCAAAUCCAACUGCCCUUCUUCUGAGUGCUGUAAUGAUGUUGCGUCACAUGGGACUACACAAACAUGCCACAAAAAUUGAGACAGCUUGCUUUGAUACAAUUAAAGAUGGAAAGGUCUUGACAAAAGACUUGGGAGGUAGCGCCAAGUGUUCGGAAUUUACAGAGGAGAUCUGCCGCAGAGUACGGGACACAGACUAAACUUUUCUCAUACUACUUGUAAUAACUCCGAAAGGACACAUCACACAGAGUACAUUAUAUGUAACCUGAUAUCCACAUGCAUAUAGUUUGCUUGUCUCUUAAGAGAGCAAACUUUUUAGUUAGGGCCUCUCCAUUAAUAAAUUUAGUCCAAAUGGCUACAAAUGAUGCUUGUGCCUGCUUUCAGUGGACUUUUCUAAGUGCUUUGUCUUAUUUAUUUUUUUCUAUCUAUCUGGUGAACUUUUUUAUGUAAGUGAAUUCUUUUAUUGCCACUGUAACUGUCUACCAUUUUGCAUUUCAACUAGAGGUUUUUACUUUCCACAAUGAAAAAUUAUGCAAAUAAACCAGUAACAGAAUUAGUGAAAUGUAAAAGCACCUUAAUGGUUAAAACCUACUUUAUUGAUCUUACUGAAAUUUAAAAGAUAGGUUUUCAGCCUAACAAUAGCACAAGAUGACCUUCAUAAACAGAAACGGGUAUAAAAUAAAAUAGCAAUUUCAUGUUAAAAGCAAUGAAAAAACCACUUCAGAUACUCUGGUGAUGCAUGAAAUAUAGCCUUGCCGUCCAAGGGCAUGAAUAAAGAAAUACAACAUUUUAGAGAUUGAAUCUAUUUGUGUAUUUUAAAAAAGCCCACAACCAUUAACCAGCAAGGGGUGAGAAUUAAUGUUGAAGUAAAAUUAUUUUUCAAAUCUAUAUACCAAAAUAAUACUUGUAAGUUUUCCUCUCUGAAACACACUUUACAACAGAGUUCUAAUGAGAGUAAAUUAUACAAAAUUACUUCUGCCAUACAUUGUGAGGGGAAAGUAUUAACUUUGCAAUUUUAUACGAAAUAUUUCAUGACUUCUGCUAGAAUGCUUUUUGUGUUGUACUUUUAUGGAUCGUCUGUUCAGUGUGUCUUACUGUAUUGACUAGUAAUUUUAUUCUAGAAACUCUGAAUGUAAGGGACUAGUCCUAAAUGGAUUAAGACAGAUCGAAGGUUUGGCUCUGGUGCCUAUGUUCCAGAAAUACAUUUCAUCCCUAUUCAAGGGGAUCUGAGACUAUUUUUUCCCUGCUUACUAAGCUUAAUGGGUGCAAAAGCAACACUUUUCCCUCCCUUCUUCAUCACAUACAGAUCAUCAUGAGAGUCAUUCUGAUCUGUAUGUCUUAAGGUAUGCUUCCAUUAGUACACCCUACAAGAAAAUGUGUAUUUUAAAACUCGUGACUAUAGCACAGGAUUAUCCCUACUUCGUGAACCAGGCUUCUUAAAACUUAAUUCUAUUAAUAGAUAUUACUCCACUUAGUUACUUUCUAUUAAGACUGUUUACGCUGGUUGUUUCAGAAGUAAAAUUAACUUUGAGUAACAACUUUCGGUGUCACUCUAUAAAGUAAGCAUCCCAGCUUUUUUUUUUUUAUACAGUCUAACAACAUGAACUUUAUUCCUCAUGCACUCUGCUUUUGGUGAAUAGGGCAACAUUUCUUUCUGUGUUUUAUAAGCUGCUGCUUCCUUGUUUCCUUUAGAUUAAUAUUGUUAAAGAACUUCUGAAUUACCAUUGCGCACAAAAUGGGGAAAAAUAAACUUUUCAAAGUCCUA